AUGUCUGAGUGGAAAGAGUCGUUAAACGUGCCCAAAAAGGACACGCGUCACAAAACCGAAGAUGUGACCGCCACAAAGGGUACAGGGUUCGAGGACUUUUUCCUCAAACGAGAGCUGCUCAUGGGCAUCUUUGAAGCAGGAUUCGAAAACCCCUCGCCCAUUCAGGAAGAGGCGAUCCCCAUUGCCCUCGCAGGCCGAGAUAUUCUGGCCCGAGCCAAGAACGGAACCGGCAAGACCGCCGCGUUUGUGAUCCCAGCCCUCCAGCAGGUCAACCCCAAAGUUAACAAGAUCCAGGCGCUUAUCAUGGUGCCCACCCGAGAGCUGGCACUCCAGACCUCACAGGUUUGCAAGACCCUAGGCAAGCAUCUUGGCAUCAAGGUCAUGGUCACCACCGGUGGCACCAACCUCAGAGACGACAUUAUGCGUCUGGAAGACACGGUACACGUGUUGGUCGGCACUCCCGGCCGAGUGCUGGAUCUAGCAGGAAAGGGCGUCGCUGAUCUCAGCGAGUCGCCCAUGUUUAUUAUGGACGAGGCCGACAAGUUGCUGUCGCCGGACUUCACACCCAUCAUCGAGCAGGUGCUCCAUUUCUUCCCUGAGGACCGUCAGAUCCUGCUCUUCUCCGCCACCUUCCCUCUGACUGUCAAGGCCUUUAUGGACCGAAACCUGCACAAGCCUUACGAAAUCAACCUGAUGGACGAGCUGACCCUAAGAGGUAUCACGCAGUACUACGCCUUUGUCGACGAGAAACAGAAGCUGCAUUGUCUCAACACGCUCUUUUCUAAGCUCGACAUCAACCAGUCCAUCAUUUUCUGCAACUCCACUGUGCGAGUUGAGCUACUUGCCCGAAAGAUCACUGAGCUGGGAUACUCAUGUUACUACUCCCACGCCAAGAUGAUCCAGAGCCAUCGAAACCGAGUCUUCCAUGAGUUCCGAAACGGCACGUGCCGAAACCUCGUCUGUUCCGAUUUGCUUACCCGAGGUAUCGAUAUCCAGGCCGUCAACGUGGUCAUCAACUUUGACUUCCCUAAGAACGCCGAGACCUAUCUCCAUCGAAUUGGUCGAUCUGGACGAUUUGGCCAUCUCGGUAUUGCCAUCAACCUCAUUAACUGGAACGACCGAUACAACCUGUACAAGAUUGAGCAGGAACUUGGAACUGAGAUCAAGCCCAUCCCUGCCCAGAUCGACAAGAACCUCUACGUUGCCGAGUCCAGCGAGAACAUCCCCCGACCCUUCCCCAUUGCUGAUAUGCCUCGAGGCAAGGAGAGUAAGCGAAACGAGCAAUUCCAGCCCCAGCAGAACCAGAACCAGCAGCAGCAACAGGACGGUCAAAACCAGCACUCUCUGGGUCCCGUACCUCCCCAGGGUCCUCCUCAGGGCAUUCCCGGCCCCGGAUACGGCUACCCUCCUCCUCAGGGCUUCCCUCAGGGAAUGCCUCCUCAAGGAAUGCCUCCUCAGGGAGCCGGCGGCUACAUGCCCCCUACUCCCUAUGGUUACCAGCAGCAGGGCUUCCCUCCUCAGCCGCCACAGGGCUUCAACAAUGGCCAGCCCCAGCAGCCGUCGCAGUAA